CACAGUGGGCGGCGCGCGUUACAUAUGUGAGUGCGCGUCCCCACUCACCCAACCAGACCUCACUUCUUAAACCAAACCCAGCCGAGCCGCGCUGAUCCGAGCCAAACCAACCCGAGCAUUUUAGAGGCAGCAGAGGAGGCACGAUGAUGUGGUAGCGCAUCUUUACGCACCUGAUCCCUGCACAAACCCACCGUCUGCCUCUUUACGCUCAAUUUUCACGCCGACACCAUGGAGACGGCGCUUCACAGGACCGAUGUUCUCGUUUCCCAGCUGCUCCUUUUCUGCCAAAUAGUUUUGGCAGCAGAGCCGCUGGUCAGAGGCCUGAAGAAACUCCCCGAGGACGUGGACUGGUCAUACACAGGCACCCUGAACCAGCACAACUGGGCUCAGAAGUACCCGGCCUGUAACAGUGGCAGACAGUCUCCUGUGGACAUUGAUGAGACCUUCACCCAGGUUAGGCUGCAGUACCAAAACCUGCAACUAGAGGGCUGGGACAGACUGACAGCGGAGUCCAGCACCAUCCACAAUAAUGGGAAGACUGUUGCCAUUGAAGUGGAAGGGGAGUUCUUUGUGAGUGGAGGAGGGCUAAGCUCCAGGUUUCGUGUCAGUAGAAUCACAUUCCACUGGGGCCGCUGCAAUGCAACAUCAGAUGGGUCUGAGCACAGUCUGAAUGGCAUGAAAUACCCUCUGGAGAUGCAGAUCUACUGUUACGAUGCAGAUGAGUUUCAGAACCUGGAUGAUGCUGUUAAGGAAGGAGGGAGGGUCUCGGUCUUGGUUGUGCUCUUUGAGGUCAGCCUGGAUGACAAUGAAAAAUUUAAUCCUGUUAUUGAUGCCAUCAAUACUGUCAGCAGGUUUGGUAAGAGUGGCUCAUUGGAAGCUUUCACCUUGCGAUCCUUGCUGCCUAACAACACAGAUAAAUAUUACAUCUACAAUGGUUCUCUGACUGCUCCUCCCUGCUCUGAAAUAGUGGAGUGGAUUGUAUUUAAACAAACUGUGGCCAUUUCGGAAACACAGCUGGAGAUGUUUUGUGAGGUGAUGACCAUGGAGCAGGCUGGAUAUGUGAUGCUGACAGAUUAUCUUCAAAACAACUUCAGGGAACAGCACCAGCAGCAGUUCAUUGGUCAGGUGUUUGCCUCAUACACUGGAGUGGAAGAAGUGCUUACACCCACCUGCAGCUCUGAGCCUGAGAACGUUCAGGCUGACGCACAGAAUGACACCACCAUCGUGGUGACAUGGGAGCGUCCCCGUGUAGUUUAUGACACAACCAUUGACUGGUAUACUGUAACUUACCAGAGGCUGCAGGGCCGAGACCAGAGCAAGCAGGAGUACAGGACGGACGGGGACCAGGAUGUGGGAGCCAUCAUUUCCAGCCUGCUGGCCAACAGCAGCUAUGUGGUUCAGGUGGUGGCGAUUUGCACCAAUGGUCUCAGAGGACGAUGGAGUGACCAGAUCAUAGUGGACAUGCCUUUAGAAGAACCAGAAAGUGAAUCAGAUCCUGACAGCCUCACUAAAGAUUUGCAAGUCAACAGGGAGGUCUCGACUAACGCUAAGUGGGGGAAGCGUGACAGUCAAAAUCAGGUGGAUUUAUCUCCAGAGGACCACAGUCCUGUGGAGGAGAUCCCAGUGGAGCAGACCAGAGUUUACCAGCACCAACCCACACACCAACAGAACCAGCCAAGAGAUCAAACCCAAGCAAACCAGAAUGUCCCAGCGCAGGUCAGUCCCAGUUCAAUCCCAAAGACCCCCUCUGAUUCUGCAGUCCUACAGAAAACCCAACUCAACCAGAGUGGGAAAAAGAAACUGAGACAAAAUAAGUCUAACCCGGAUGAUAUGGAUCAGAACUGGAUCGAGGAAGACAGUAUCCCAACAGACCGGCCCUUUACAAAAUCAGGUUUUGACAGAAAUGGUGCUAUCUGGGUAACUGAAGCCACUGAACAGCCAGGCUUCCUGUUUCCAGUCGCUCGAACCCCUACACUGCCGACGAUCCACCGACAAAUCACAGAGGAGGCAUCACUGUCACUGUUUCCACAGCAGUCAACUGAUCUAGGUCCACAAGACCAUGCUGGAGAAGAUGGCCUUGAUUUUUCCCAGUCAGACCUCUACACGCCUCCUGUGGAGGAAAUCCAAGUCACAGACAUCUUCUAUGAAUAUACAGUCCACAAAUUUCCCUUGGAAAGCUCCGCAUCUGCUGCAACGGACUCCUCCGCUGUUGUAGUGCCAGGUAAUAACGUGGACCAAGUCUCGCCACCAGUCCCUGAAGACGGCAAUGUCCCUGCGAACAAACCAGAAACCGUCACCUCAGUCUCCUCCUCUCCUUCCUCCGCUUGGAUCACAACAAGGACAGCGACUGCCAGCAACAUCCUUGCCGAUUCAGUCUACAAAUCACUCACCACCUCGCCUCUUCUCAGAGUGCUGAUGCAUACGACCCAGCCUAUGUUUAACGCAAAUACACCCACGUCCACCGUGGAGAACUCAACCAUUGACCACUCCUCUCGUUUAACAAACCCUCCUAGCACUUCCGGUGGGGUGAUCGUUCACCCUUCAAACCCUGCAACCUCUGUCCCAGGAGGAGGGUUCUCUACAUCACUCAACACCUUAAAUAAAAACACCAUCAUUUUUCAUCCUUUUCCUGUCCUUCCUAAAGAUGAGAGGAGAGGUGAAGGUAAGUCCUCCAAGGAUCAUGCUAAUUUCCAUCCACAAAAGGAUUCAGAUCACCCUCGGUCUUCUACCACCGUGGGAUCAGAAGAUGACGCAAACACUGCAUCUCUGUCUCUUCUGCUUGAUUAUAACUUGAGAAUAAUCAACUCAUCAAAAACUAACCUUGUUGAAGGAAAUACUCCAACUCCAACUUCUUACUCUCAAAGUAACUUUUUGACCCAGGGGGGUCAUAACAUCUCACCACGCCCCGACAAUGAAGAGGAAGUCAAGACACAUCAGCAUGAAGAUGAACUCAACUCCAGUUCACUCUCAUCUCUCUUUGAUCCUAAAGAUCUAUCAACAGAGGACAGUGGAUCAGGCUCUGACCUUGAAAGUAACAGGUUUACACAGGACUUUGAAGAUGCUGUAAUCUGGACAGACCUUUCUACAGUUCCAGACUUAACUCUUACCUUCAGUGUUGAUGAUACUAGGGAAAAGAGUAGUUUAACUGAGACUAUGAUGGCUGCUGAAACGGAUAGUGACGUUGACGGUACAAGAAGCAAAAAGAACAAAGAAGAAACUGCAGUAAAAAAGAAAACAUGCACUGAGACAGACAGUGGGGCUGAAACUGAGUCCAACUCCAGAGUGUUUACCUGGUCUGAGGACAUCAGUGGUUCUGGAGAGGGUAGUGGAGAUAGAGGUGGUAAAGGAAAAGGAAAGAAAGUCAGUGAUGAUAAAGAUGAUAUCAACGCAUUAGCUGACGAGGAAGGUGAUGCCAAAAGUGACACAUGGAAAGACGGCAACAAAGAAGCUGCGUUUGUUAGAAGAAAUGGACCACAGCUGCUUGUCAGUCAAAAUAAUCCUAAAGCAGUUAUCCCACUGUUUGAUAGCAGUGAAGAACAUAGCAAAGGUGGUCGUAAUGGACAUGAUGAAGAGGAUAAAACCUGGGAGGAAGGCACUGAAGGUGAAAGCAACAUAGGUACGGAGAGUAAGAAACAUAGUGAAGGAGGUGCUAGAGAUGAUAGCGAGGCAGGACUAAGUGGGGAAGGUUGGCAGAAGUUCUCAAGUGUGGAUGAAUUGUUGUUUGAUGCUGGAAGAAAUCCUGUGUUGGGUCACCUAGUCCCAUUGUCCAGACUGACAGACACCAGCAAGGCCAUGGAGGAGCAGAUGAAAGAGGGCAGCAACAGUAGCCAUGAGUCUCGGGUCGGGAUGGUCGGAGGCGUGGAGAGGGAGAAGAGGACAGUCGUUCCCCUUGCUGUCGUCUCCACACUCACUAUCCUCUGUCUGUUGGUGCUGGUGGGCAUACUCAUCUACUGGAGGAACUGUUUCCAGGCUGCAAAUUUCUACCCAGAUGACAAUGCAUCACCUAAAGUCAUAUCUGCUCCGUCUACACCAUUGUUGCUGGCUACAGAUGGUCAUGAGCCAUUGACAGUGAAGCAGUUUGUGAAGCACAUCAUGGAGUUGCACACGACCAACACCUUCUUCAAGGAGUUCGAGAUUGUCAAAGAAUCCUAUGAGGAGGUACAAGCCUGCACAGUGGACAUGGGCAUCACCGCUGACAGCUCCAAUCACCCCGACAACAAAAGCAAAAACAGAUACAUCAACAUACUGGCCUACGACCACAGCAGAGUGAAGCUCUCCAACAGCUUAGACAGAGACGGGAAAUGCGGGGACUACAUCAACGCUAACUUUGUUGAUGGUUAUGAGCGAACGAGAGCGUACAUCGCAGCUCAAGGCCCUCUCAGAGCGAGCACGGAAGACUUCUGGAGGAUGAUCUGGCAGCAGAAUGUUGGCAUCAUCGUCAUGAUCACCAACCUCAAAGAGAAAGGACGGACCAAAUGUGACCAGUACUGGCCUGAGGAGAACCAGGAGGAAUAUGGUCCAUUCCAGGUGACACUGAAAAGCAGCAAGACCCUGGCAUACUACACACUGCGUACGUUCACUCUCAGAGAUACCACAAAUAAGGUGUCUCAGAAGAGAGUUGAACGCACAGUCCUGCAUUACCACUACACCCAGUGGCCAGACAUGGGCGUCCCAGAAUACACUCUACCUGUCCUGUCUUUCAUCAGAGCAUCGUCCCGCGCCCACACACAUGAGAUGGGACCCGUCCUGGUACACUGCAGUGCUGGUGUAGGAAGGACAGGAACCUACAUUGUGAUAGACAGCAUGCUGCAGCAGAUCCAGGAUCAGGGGACGGUCAAUGUUCUUGGUUUUCUGAAACACGUGAGGACUCAGAGGAACUUCCUGGUUCAGACAGAGGAGCAAUAUGUUUUCAUCCAUGAUGCUCUGAUGGAGGCCAUCUUAAGCCGAGACACCUCGGUGACCUUAGACCUCCUCCACACCUACGUGUCUGACCUCCUGACUCCCGGGGUGUCAGGCAGGACACGCAUGGACAAACAGUUCAAAUUGAUCAGUCAGCGUCAGGCGAAGCAUGCAGACUACAGCACUGCUCUGAAAGAGGGAAACGCUGAGAGGAACAGAGCCAGAGCUCUGAUGCCUGUGGAGAGAUCACGAGUCAGUCUGACCACUUCAGAGUCCAACUCCACUGGCUACAUCAACGCCUCCUAUGUCAUGGGACAUCACCACAGUAAAGAGUUCAUAGUGAGCCAAACUCCUCUGAGCAGCACAGUGGCCGAUUUCUGGAGAAUGAUCUGGGAGCACAACACACACACUGUUGUUCGCCUGCAGGAUGCACAGAGUCAGAGUGAAGAGGGGGAGUGUUGUGACUACUGGCCCAGUAAAGACCAACCAAUAAGCUUUGAGGGUUUCACUGUGUCAUACUCUGGGGAGGAGUAUUUGUGCCUGUCCAACGACGAGAGACUUUUGGUGCAGGACUUCAUAUUGGUGUCUCCACUGAACAAUUCCACAUUGGAGGUGCGUCAGUACACUGCCCCCUGCUGGCCAAACCCAGACAGUCCAAUCAGGAACGGCUUUGAUCUGGUCAACACAGUCAGACAGCACAGCAGGCCCACAGACAGGCCAACAGUGGUACAUGAUCCGUUGGGUGGAGCUACAUCAGGGCUGUUCUGUGCCCUCACCACACUGUCCAAUCAGUUAGAGGAGGAGGGAGCUGUGGAUGUUUACCAGGUGGCACGGAUGACCAACCUCAUGAGGCCAGGGGUAUUUAAUGAUAUAGAGCAGUACCAGUUUCUGUACCAUGCUGUGCUGAGUCUGGUGAGCAGCCAAGAGGACCAGAAAGCUCUGCAGAGUCCAGAGACCAACGGAUCUGUACCACUGGGCCAUAGCAACAUCGCAGAGAGCCUGGAGUCGCUCAUGUAGACACACACACACACACACACACACACACACAUACUGAGUGAUAUACUGACUGAGGUCUGGUCUAAGGUGAGACGAUGGGAAACACUUAAAAUGACAGUACAGUAACAAUAUGAUAACAAUAUGGUAAUAGUAUAGUAGUAACGUACUAUUACGUUACUACUAUAUCUUAUUUCUAUAGACAUAGCCUUUUAAUUCAAAUCUGUGUGGGGCACACGGGAGGAAGAAUUUCAACAGCAUAAUAUGGUCAUUGUCAAGAAAAUUUGAAAUAAGAUUGUUUGCCAUAAUGUUAUCAAUAGAGUAUUUCAACAGUUAUCCCAUUGUUAUUGUACUGCGCAGUAAAGUGUCACCAGAUGAUAAACACCGACAGCUCUGUGUCUGUGGUUCACAGCUGUGUCCACUCAACAUGCCGUUGCUUUAAUGUUCAGUAACCACAGUUCAUUAGAUACAAAAUAAAAACUAACAAUCCAGUUAAAUCCAGUGAAGCCUUAACUUAUCUAAAGCACUGUAGGGAUUGGAAACAAAAUCAAAUCAUUCCACGUUCUUUACUUUACCCUUAAUCCUCAUAACACAUCAUUAAAGGAGACUGUCUUUACAUAUAAUACUGUCAGUGUUAGCACAUGCUUCUGAAUCUACCAGAGACACAUUCCUGGUAUUCAUUCACAAAACAGAUAGUGUAAACCUUUAUAUGUUAACUAAUGGCCCCAGAUAUGGUUAUAAGAUCUAAUUGUAAUGAUUUAUAGGUGUUAAAAAUGAACUUUGGAUUCACAAAAUGUGGGAACUCUUUCUGAUUGGUCCGACAGUGAUUGGACCUCUUAGUUCUAAAUAAAAACAGUACUGCAGAGCAACUGGACCAAAAGACAAAACAAAGCAUUAAAAGAGCAAAGUUGAUGAUUUAAACACUGAAUUAAACCUAAUGCUUUGAAAUAGAGUGGUAUAGCCCAUGUUAAAAUCUGCUACCAAAUCAGUGUCACUGCCUUUCCCAGAAAAAAGCUACAAAUAUUCCAUCUGUGCUCGUCUGUAUGAAGCAACAGAGGCUGAACACAAGUCUCCUCCAACACGUCAUCAUGAAUUAUCUUCCUCAAUGACUGAGGGGAGACAUCUUCAUUAGUACCACUUAUAGACUUACUUUAAAAACCUUAAUUCUCUUUAUUGGAAGCUUUAUUUAAUAUUUACUUUUUGUAUUGCUAUUUUCUCAAAUUAUUUUCCCCCACUAAUUUUCCCUGUAAUUAUUUUUAGCUAAUCUUAUUCUUUAUUCCACACAUAUAUUUCAUCCCUGAAAGAUAUUGAUACAAAAUUAAAUUAAGGCAAAGCACAGAAAAUAGACAUGAAGUACAAAUGAUCACAUCAUUAGUGCAAAAAAAAAAACACACGACAUUUUUACUAACAUAUUAUUUUAUUUUUAAGGCCUCACUCGUGACAGUAAACUGACUGUUGGUAUUUCCUGCUGUUUUUAAAUUCCUCUGCUUAUGUGUUGUCACUGCCACAUGGUCUCUGAUGCCUUUUUGUAAUCCAUGUUAUUGUACCUAUUAUGUGUUUUGAUACAACUGUGGGACUGAUAUGCCAAAAUAUUGGUAUAAUGUGUGGAUUUUAUCCAUUUUCUUCAAGGGGAUCAGUGUCUUGUUGCACGCGGUGGUUUAGUGUGUGCACAUCAGGGACGAGAUGAUGGAAAAAUGUCUUUACAACCAGAUGUGUAUAAAAUGCAGCCUGGUACUGAAAGAGAUAUUCCACUCAACAUCGAUCACUGAAGUCAAACACUCCCUGUUGACCGUUUGAAAAGAUUAAAGUUACUGUGUCACAGAAAUAUAAAUCAGUAAAACAUCAUUUUUUAGUAGAAAAAAAAUCCGUUGCAGAUUUCAGACAAUGAGAGAAGGUGUGUGUUUUUGUGUAAGGAGCUCAGUUUCCUACGGAGCCAUGGCCACGGAAUACUAAUUUGUUCCUAUGAAAUAGGUAUAAUGUGUACACGAAAUUAAUAAUAUUAAUAACAUUCUCAUGAAUUACCUGAAGGGCUGCACAAAGACAGAGAUAGUGGGAUUGAGUUACAGCGAUAUUCCCCAAAGCCUGGCAUCACAAAUGUCGUGCCAAGGUAGUUAUUCCCGACAGGAUUUGUAUCCCCUGCUGCGGGAGUGUGCAUGCAUUCAGCGAGGCGGAGGUGGUGUUACGUUGCUACCUGUCAAGUAACCUGGCUCUUAAUAUUCUGUUUAAAUGCCUCUUAAAUGCCAGGCUUUUCAUGCACACGCUUUACCUAUUUCGUGGCCACGAAUCAGAGGGUUUUUCCCCCAUGUCAUGUCUGGGGCUCCGCAGUUUCCUUAGCUUCCCUCUGCUACUCACUCUGAGUGUUUUCUAAAUGUUUGCGUCUGGUCAGACUAAAUCAAACAACCGCUGAAUCAUUUUCAAACAGUGUUGAAAUCUGAAUCUGUGAAUGUCGUGCGUCCCUGCUCCACCAUUUAUGUUCAGAUCCCAUCAGUGAAAGCAGACGGUGACUCAGCAGAUGUGUCUGACCGCUCUCUGUGUAAAUAUCCCUGCAUACAUCCAAAAGGCCAAAUUACUGUAUGUUUAUAUUGUACCUCUAUAUAUUUUCUAUUUUACUAUAAAAGGUGAUUUUCUAGUCAUUUACACAUAUAUAACUGUGUGGAUUCUAUUUGAUAAUUGUAGCCUGGAAAUAUUGAUCAUGUUUAAAGUUUUAAUGGAACGUCGUCUCUUUUUCUUAUCUUUGAUUCAGUAGAAGCUUCAUGUCUCUACCUUUAUUUCCAGAUAUAAACUGGUGCAGUAUGUACAGAGCAGCAGAAUUAAAGAAUUGUUUCAAACUUG